AUGAGGGGCCCGCCAUCUUGUGGAAGCAAAAAGGGUGACAUCUAUAGUUUUGGAAUAGUAUUUAAAGAGAUCAUAUGGCGCAAUGGUCCAUACACUGAGGUUGAUAUCCUUACGCCAAAAGAAAUUAUUGACAGGGUGAAACAUCCAACCGGUGAUAGGUUUUUCCGACCAGUAGCCAAACACAUUCCAAUAGCAGCUCCUGAUCUCGUGACAGAAAUCACCUCAUCUUGUUGGAAGGAAGACCCCAAUGCUAGUCCAUCUUUUAAUCAAAUACUCAAAAUUGUGCAUAAAUAUAGGAAAGGAACGUCAACAAACAUCAUGGACAACAUGAUGAAGAUCAUGGAAAAGUAUGCCAACAACUUAGAAGAUGUAGUAGCUGAAAGAACGCAACAAUUAGAAGAUGAAAAGAAGAAAACGGACUCACUUUUAUACAGGAUGCUACCACAAUCCGUAGCAGAACAACUAAAACAGGGCAAAACAGUAGCAGCUGAAACCUUUGAAGAAGUCACAAUUUAUUUCUCAGAUAUCGUUGGAUUCACAACAUUAGCUUCUAACUCAACUCCAAUGCAGGUAGUAGAUUUACUCAACAGCUUGUACACAGUUUUUGAUGACGUCAUCACUCAGCAUGACGUAUAUAAAGUUGAGACAAUAGGUGACGCUUACAUGUUGGUAAGUGGUCUGCCUGUGAGGAAUGGAAGACAGAACGUAUACGAGAUUGCCAAUUGUUCACUGGAUAUUCUGAGUGCAGUCAUGGGUUUUACAAUUCCCCAUUUACCUCAACAGAAGUUGAGGGUCAGGAUUGGUGUGCAUACAGGUGCUUGUGUAGCCGGAGUUGUGGGUCUGACUAUGCCAAGAUACUGCCUCUUCGGGGAUGCUGUCAAUACAGCUUCUAGGAUGGAAUCGCACGGUGAACCACUGCGAAUCCAUAUCAGUCCAUAUACAUAUAACGCAUUGAAAGACAGCGAACAAUAUGAAUGCUGUUGCAGAGGGGAAAUUAACAUAAAGGGUAAAGGUAGCAUGACAACUUACUGGCUAGUUGGUCGUGAAGGAUUUGAAAAACCACUCCCUGAUGAAAUGCUGCGCAUGCGCAAGAUGAGCAGUUUUGAAAAACACUCACAAGAAGACUCAAAAGCGACAUUUGAAUUACCAUUUCCAGAUGAUUUAUUUGAAGUCCGAAAGAUGAGCGACAUUAAUCUAAAUGAUAAAGUAAAUUCACAAGAUGCACAUUCAAAGGAUGUAAUUUACAAUGACGCAUGCAAAGAACAAAGUAAAAAUGUAAAUAAGGAGCAUAAUCGCAACUGUAAUAUUGGAUACACUAAUAUGGGAGUUACCGAUGAGACGAGUUCGAACAAUCUUGUACAAUUGUAAAACAGAAAAUAAAUUGUAAAAUGACAUAAUUAAUAUUAACUGAUCUCUCAUUCAUAUUGAAAUUAAAGUCUCACUUUCUUACAUUCUGUCCUG